CAAUCGGUACCACGUGACCGUUUUCCUAGUUCGCCUUUGUGGCACAAAUCGUGAUUUUCGAGGCUCUCUAUGGCCAAUAAGGGGAGAAAACGGACAAAGACGCAUAUUUACGAGGCUUAAAUCGGAUGCAUUCAAUUGUUUUGUUGUGUGGUUCUUUCGUAUUUCCGGGAAGACAGGAGCUGCUGUGUAGUUUUUACGGCGGGUUUUGUUUACCACAUCUCAACUUGGUUGAGCCGUCGGAGAUGAGUGGUCCAGAGGUAGCGAAGACGCCGGGGGGCGGGGCUCCGGGGAAGGAAGGCAUGGAGGCCGUAGCCAAUGGCCAUGCAGGAGAGGGUGAACAGGGAGGAGACGAUCCCUUCGCUGAGUACAUGUGGAUGGAGAACGAGGAUGCGUACAACAGACAGGUUGAAGAGGAAUUGUUGGAACAGGAGUUCUUGGAGCGUUGUUUCCAGGAGAUGUUGGAUGAGGAGGACCAGGAUUGGUUCAUCCCGGCCAGAGACCUCCCCUCAGGGAUGGGGCAGAUCCAGCAACAGCUCAACGGCUUGUCAGUCAGUGACAGAGGAAAUGCAGAGGAGAUGGCGAUCCGAAAGGUGAUAAAUGGCCUGAAGGAGAGAAGCCUGGAGACCCAGGAAGAAACCAACCAAGUUGUGGACCGUGGUACACAUGGAUGGCCUGCGUCUAUUUGGGGAGAAAUGCCCUCUCUGAAAAACAUGAAGUUGGUGCAGACACACCGACAAAAGAACUACCUGGCAUGGCCCCUCUACCUACAUCCCUCUCCGAACUCGUCCUCCCUGACAGCUACAACGGAGAGCUGUUCCUCCAGCAUGACAGUGGACCCGGGCCAGACAGAAUUCUCAUCUUCACAACCACAUAUGCAACUUGGAGUCCCUGUGCAACUCUUAAGUACAGGUUUGCAGAUGGAACAUUCAAGACAACCGCUCCUUUGUUUAGCCAGUUGUACACCAUUCACGGGUUGCAGGAGGGGAACAUGGUUCCAACAGUCUUGAUGUUGCUGCCCAAUAAGACUGAGGGAACAUACGCUCGUGCGUAUGCGGUGCUGAAAAGCCUGAGGCCCGACCUGAAACUCCAUCAUGACUGACUUUGAGCCAGCUGCUUUUAAAGCCUUUACGAAGGUGUUUUCCAUCAGACCCACAACCGGGGUUGCUUCUUUCAAAUGAAACAGGCCAUUUGGCGAAAAGUACAAACACUUCCCAAAGUGCGACAAAUGUUACCUCAACAACACCUACAACGCCCAAGAGAUCAGGAAGCUUGGCGCACUCGUCCCACCGGCUGAUGUAGGCUUCGACGACCUGCUGGAUACCCGGUUCUUCCAGCGACUGGAACGUCAACUGGAGGAGCUCCUGACAUACAGUACUUUCAGGCAACAUGGGUUGGGGAGAUGUUCGGAAGCAUUUAAAGAAAGCCAAUGUCUUGUUUAACAUAAUGGCUUAAUUAUUAUUAUUAUUGAUGACCGAAUGCGAAAGGCCAAUAACAUGGUUGCUAAUCUUUUUAUUAAUGUUUUUAGAAUGAUGUAACUACUACGAUGCUGUCCUGCAAGACUUGGCGAAGACUAACAACGGAGAGGAGUGGCAUCACAUUUUCGAUGCUACCCCACCAUUUGGAAGUUCAUUGAUGCAUUGGAACGACAGCAGCAAAGAGGUGAAACGAGAAUGGAGCAGCGACUUGCUGGCGUUUCACCGCCAUGGCAAAGACCACAAGCAACAGAAGGAUCUUAAGUCCCUGGUUGAGAAGUACACAGCUCAGCGGCUGGAGUCUUACCUGAAGAGCGUUGCAUACACUUUCAAGUUGCAGUUGCGAAUACUCCAAAAUCCAUCUGAGAAAAAUGAGCACCUAACCUACUUGGACACUUCUUCAUGACACUUAUACAUUUUAACCCUUUCAAUUACUCCAAAAUCCUUAUAAGACCCUGAACACAAAGCACGUUCUUAGACGAUUUGUUUAUUAACUUGUUUUUAUGGUACUGCAUUGUCAUACAGCCUACUUUAAUUUGUUGUAUUUGUUUGGUUAUUUGAAAUGAAAGUUUUAGGCUUACUUAUUUUUGCCCCAUUUUCAGUAUUUUGCUCAACUUAUUUGUUUAAAUAAAUGUUUUAUAGUGAA